GAGAAGGGAAGAAGAAUCCGGAUUCUGUUGCGGUGGUUGUUGGAAGUUUGGAGCUCUCGGGUCGGGAUCGAUCGAUUGAUCGGAGAGGAAGGGGAAGAACUCCGGAGGGGGAGGAGGAGGAGGAGCACCGAUGACGCGGGGGAAGCAGAAGAUCGAUGCGCAGCGGCGGAACGCGGAGAAGAACCAGAAGUCGAAGGGGUCCCAGCUCGAGGCCCGCGCCGUCGGCCUCAAGGUCAUCUGCCCCAUCUGCAAGGUUCAACUGGCCAAUGAGAAACAAUUGAUUGAUCACUAUGGAUCAAAGCAUCCCAAGGAAAAACCCCCUAGCCCAUCAGAAUAAUUUGUGUUGGCCCUGAUGCAGAAACAUAAGUUCUGCUUGCUCUGUCCGCGAGAUUGUUCGAUCUGCCCCAUACUUGGACCUCAACUGAAGUUUUACUCUACAAUGUAUGCAUUUCCUCUUGUUUCUGGCUAGAGCCGUCAUAAGCUUGUGCUUUCUAUGAGAAGUAUAUCUUUUGAUAUCAUAAUGCCGAAUCCCGAAUGUAUAUCCCAACUGCAUGUGGUACAUUAUCGGAUAAGAGGGUGUUGAAUUGUCAAUAAAGCUUAUGAAAAGUUUGACAAAAAA